GUGAGUUUCAGUGUAACCAAUCAAGCAACAUGAACUCCUUCGUGAUGAUGACCAGCUUCGUUCUCCUGGCCGUUCUCGGCAGUGGUAUCGCCGGUUUGGUACCGGCGGCUGUUUCGGCUCCACUGGUUGCGGCACCCGCUGCGGUCGGGUACGCAAAGGCAGUGCCCUACAACAUCCCGCCCUACGCCUCGAGGGUCGACAUAAGCACGAGGAACCUGGCGGCCCCCUACGUCGCAGCCGCUCCCUACGUCGCGGCCCCCGCACUUCCGUACGCGGCACUUCCGUCGGCUCCACUCGUCGCUGCACCGGGCUUUGUGCCCUCGGCUUACGCCGGAAGUCUGGCCGCCCCAUUGGCCCACGCCUACGCAGCUCACAGCGCCGCGAUCGUGGGAUGAGGAUCCGUGGAUCACGAAAGCUCCGGAUCGACGACCGCUUGCCAAGCACUCUGCACCGAACGAUUUUUAUUAUUUUCUUUGCCGUAAAUAAAAUGAUAAUUGGAAAAAGAA